GCGGGCCGAGCUGCGCGAGCGCUUCACGUCCGGCGCGCGCACUGUCGGUCCCAACUCGGUGUCGGGGCUCGCGGCGCUGGCCAACGAGCGUAUCGAGGACGCCAUCGCGCGGGGCCAGUUCCGCGACAUACCCCGGGGCAAAGACGCGGCGCCCCGCGACGCGCGCGCCGACAACCCCUUCGUCGACACGACCGAGUACAUCAUGAACAAUAUGAUCCGCCGCCAGGACAUGGUGCCCCCUUGGAUCGAGAAGCAGCAGGAGCUGGCCAAGGCGCUGCACGUCUUCCGCGCCCGCCUGCGCAGCGACUGGACGAGGCACGCGGCAAGGUCCAUCGCGGGCAUGGGCGGGUCGCUAGAGAGGCAGGUCGCGAGGGCCGAGGGGUACGCGGCCGCCGAGGUGCGGUGGAAUCCCCGGCGCGGGAAGGUGGGCAAGGAGGCGGCGGCGGCGGCGGCGGUGGCAUCGGCGAGCAAGGCUAAGGAUCCGGCCAUGGCCAAGAUGCGCAAGGAGCUGGGCGACGAGGCCGUGCAGGAGGCCCUGGGGGAAGGCCCCACUGUCGGAACCGUGGGUUCGGAGGAUGGCAAGGCGGAGCAGGAGCCCGCGGCGGCCUGGACAGCGCCGCACCCCUUCCGGGACCCGGCCUGGGAGGCGGCGGAGAAGGCAUACCAGGAGCUCGCGGUGGGCAACCUCAACAGCAUCACGCGCUCCUACAACCUCAUGGCGCCGGACCUGGCCAAGAAGCCCUACUUCACGCUGCGGCGCGAGCUCGACGCCUGCUUUGCCGACGUCGCGCCGCGGCUGGCCGACACGAUCAGGGAGCGCGCGAGGCACCUGCAAAGGCCGCUCCUGGACGGCGGCUCGGGCGGUUCCCAGAGGGGCGUCCUGGCCAGGCUCGGCGGGGAGGAGUGGGAGAGCAAGGCCAAGGUCUACGACUCCAAGUCGCCGCACUACGGGUUUAAGGAGAUGUGGCGGGACCUGUUCGCCAGGUGGAGCUGAGAUUCUGUCUUUCCGUUGCGAAUAUCUCUAGCCUAACAGUCCCUGGAACACCCUACUAAUCGGCCUUAAUCUACCAUCACAACAUAAUACUGAUAUCCUGUACAACGCCGUUUCCAACAAACAUGUCCUGUCAAUCUUCCAUCCCAUCCAACAUAUGACCGAACCGCAGCAUGGCGGGAGGAAAGAACAUAUGCUUAGGCAUGCGCCGUCACUCUCCACUCCCAAUGCCAAACUCCCUUUCGUAAAAUUGUCUCGCCUGCUUGUUGGCGAAAGCCCCCGUGCUCAGGGCUUCGGAGUUGCCCUCGACCACGAGCCCCCCCAGCGACCUGGCCCGGGACAGCGCAACAUACAGCUGGCCCUCUUCGAAAACCCUAUCCAUGUUGACGAUUACGUUUUCCAGUGUCAUGCCCUGGGC